CGCUGCAUCGGUGCGGCUCUGGGAUAAGAGGAGCGGGGCUUCCCUCGGAGUUCAGACCGAAGCAGAAACUCCACAAACGGGCAGUCAAAGUCCAGUUUUGCCCCGGUUUGUUUAUUUUAUUUCAUUCCCCGGACCCUCCCUCCCCCGGGUCAGUCCUCACUGCGCUCGAGCUUUGCCGUAGAGCCAGAAGCUCCGUGUGAACCCCGCACUACCACCGUCAUGCCCAUCAUCGAGCAGCUGUCCCACACGGACCUGGAGCGGCUGGCUUUGGACCGGGUGGUCCCGGCCUUGCUCACCCACGGCUUCUACUUCGUGGACGGCCUCCUCGGGGAGGUGGCCGGGGGCGCCGUGCUGGACGAGGUGAAGCAGAUGCACGGCUCCGGGGCGCUGCACGACGGCCGGCUCGCCGGCUCCGCCCCGGGAGUCCACCGGAGGAGCAUCCGCGGCGACAAGACCGCCUGGGUGAGCGGCUCCGAGCGCGGCUGCGAGGCGAUCGGCUUCCUGCUCAACCUGAUCGAUCGGCUGAUCUCCGUGUGCGCCGGCCGGCUGGGGAACAAGGUGAUCCGGGAACGGUCCCAGGCCAUGGUGGCGUGCUACCCGGGAAACGGAGCCGGUUACGUCAAACAUGUGGACAACCCGAACAGCGACGGGCGGCGUCUCACCUGCAUCUACUACCUGAACAAGAACUGGAACGUGAAGGAGCACGGCGGCGUCCUCCGAAUUUUUCCAGAAGGAAAAGGAUAUGUGGCGGACAUCAAGCCGCUGUUCGACCGGCUGCUGGUGUUCUGGUCUGACCGCAGGAACCCACACGAGGUGCAGCCCUCCUUCUCCACCAGGUACGCCAUCACAGUUUGGUAUUUCGACUCAGAGGAGCGAGCCGAGGCCAAGAGGCGCUUUAAGACGGUGACAGCGCCCGCACACAGCCGGACGGCAGCCCCCCCUGACUGUGAGAAGACACUGCCACCUGGUGUUUGAGCCAGAGAACUGCACUCUUCCUGAACUUCUGAAGCAGAUGUGUGCUGCUCUCCCGCCGACUCAUUACAGGAUUUGUGCUGCGUCGUGAUCCUGGACAGUGACCUGCCUGGAGAAGGCCAGUUUCUCCCGAGUGCCUUGUUCUGACAGGGUGGGGGGGUCCUGAGAAGUUUGCACAAAGACUUUCAGGCCCCAGCUGGAUGCAGAAGACGCCGGCCCACGGGGCGCUCUGUGACGUCACAGAGGGAGUUCAGAUAUGAAGGUGGAGCUCCUGAAGUGCAGACUCCGCCCUGAUGGCGGCCUCCACCCAGAACGCCAUCAGACGGAGACUUAGAUUCCUGAAGUCUGCUUGUUUACGAACACUAAUGAAUGAAAGUGUGAUGGAAGCGUUUGUAUGAAAAACCUUUUUGCAGAAAUGAAGGUCAUUAAAAAAGAUAAAAAAUCA